AUGUCGCGCUUUUUGAAACCCGUUGAUUAUAGCGAUGAUGAAGAUGAUGGGCCUCGUCUAGUUAGAGCUAAACCAAUUGAUCCAAAGUUUGCUCGAAAAUUAGGCGAUUAUGCUGCUGGCAAAGAUUUUGUUACUGGAAGUGUGAAAUCGCAACAAGAACUGAGAGAAAGUAAUGUAAUUAUGAAGAACGAUCCAAAUACAAGCGAAAUAAUGGAUGAAAAAACUAAACUAGAGCUGCGCAACAAACUUGGUGCAAAAAUAUUAAAAGCGAAACUGCAGGGAAAGAUGGCUUUGGUGGAAAAAUUGGAGAAAGAAUUGCAUGUUCUAAGAGAAGAUGAACAGGGUCCAUCUUCGACUUGCAAAAUAUUGCUUAGAAUUGAUGAAGGUGAUGUGCGAAUGCCUGCUACUAUGAAGCAGGAAAAAAAGGAUUUAAAAAGCCGCGGAAGAGUUGAUGCAAUUUAUAAUGCUGACAGAAGUAUUCGCGAUAUGGUAGCUGACGAAAAAGAGACAACAUCCUCUGAUCAUAUUUUCAACGCUGUUAAGGCUGCAGCGAAACAUCGAACGGACGAUGACUGGGUCGUUGAUGAUGCGAUGAUGAGCGUGAAAAGAUCACGGAUAAGGGAAGAGAAAGAAAAGAGGAAAAGUCGACACAAUCUAAUAAAAGGUGCGCUUGUUUUUGCUUUAUUAGUAUUAUUAAGAAUCUCUCUGUAA